AUGUAGGACUCAACUUGUAUCUUCAUCUUUCAACUUUCUAGUUAUUUACCAUGGGCAAGUUCCACACUCGGUUGUAUAAAACCGACCGUGCCAGGGACUUCGACCAUGAGCAGGAUCGAUAUGUCCGCAUGCGACAGAUCUACGAGACUAUCGACAGGCAAGGCUUUCAAUGGAUUGUCGUGCUGGUCGCUGGUCUCGGGUUCUUCCUCGAUGGUUACACAUUAUUUGCCAGUAACAUGGCCCUACCGAUGAUCUCCUACGUGUACUGGAGAGACGACACUUCCUCCUUACGACUCACAUGCAUCAAUAUCGCAACACUCGGGGGAACCCUGCUGGGGCAAGUCGCAUUUGGAUUUCUAGCCGAUAAGAAUGGGCGGAAGAAGAUGUACGGUGUUGAAUUGGUACUUCUCAUUACAGCCACCCUAGGUGUGGUCAUGUCCUCGACAGGCGUGGACGGCAGCAUGAACGUCUAUGCGUGGCUUAUUUGGUGGAGAAUCUGUGUCGGUAUUGGAGUUGGCGCAGAUUAUCCACUCAGUGCAGUGAUCACGUCUGAAUUUGCCCCUACCAAGCAUCGAGCCCGCAUGAUGGCCACCGUCUUCUUCAUGCAGCCUCUCGGUCAGAUUGCAGGUAACAUUGUCUCAUUGAUUGUUAUCGCGGUGGCUCGUGGUAAUAGCAGUCCGGGUGACGACCUCACUCGCACUGUUGAUAUAAUGUGGCGCUGGGUGAUCGCCAUCGGAGUCGUGCCCGGCGCAGUCGCUACUCUUUUCCGGUUCGCCAUCCCAGAGAGCCCUCGCUACCUAGUCGAUAUCGUGGACGACCCCGUCACUGCGGAGUUUGAUGCAAGCACCCUUUUCAGCGACACACCCGGUAUGACUGAUUCUAUGGGCUGGGGAAACUCUGCGUCAUGCAGUGCCGGUAGCGCGAUUCAACUACCCCCGAUUUCAUCCAUUGCCAGCAGUUCGACCUUUGACAUUGAUGACGAUGAUGAGCUCACCCGCCUCCCCCCGCUACCCUCAACUCUCACUGGCGGUUGGCACGUACCGACAUCGUGCGGUACUUCUGGACAGAAGGGAACUGGCGCAGCUUGGCUGGUUGCUCUCUCGCAUGGCUCCUUCUUGACUUUGGCUUCUACGGUAUUGGAUUGUCGAGCCCUCAAUUCUUAG